AUGCCUCCUCAAGUCCGAAGCCUUCGCACACGAGGCGCGAUGAACGAAAACGACGAGAACGGCCCGUCGACGCGCGUGACCCGAGCCAAGGCUGCUGCUCUGUCCACCGAGGGUCAGGCCGCCAAUGUUCCCGCGAAGAAACCCCUGCAGACAAAGAAGGUGGCUACGAGCACCGCGAACAAUGGAGCUCCCCGACGGCGUGCCGCCCUUGGGGACGUUAGCAACGUCACCAAGUCUGAGAACACCGAGACCAAGGAAGGCAAGAAGCCGGCUACAAGCAAGAUUGGCCUGACAUCGAAGGCGACAUCGCAGACCGGUGGUGUUCAGAAGCUCAGUCGCACCAACACGUCUCGCACUGGCACCACUGCCACUGCGACCGCAAAGAAACCCUCGAGCGAAACGAAGCGCGUGGGAUCGGCACAGGUGAAGCGGACCUCCAGCCAGAAGUCAGUACAAGAAAAGACGCUGCAGGCUGAGGAACCGCCGCGCAAGAAGGUUGAGGUUGAGAAGAAGGCUGCUGAGAAGCAGCCGCCUGUGGAGAAGGUCUCCACGGUCAAGGAAGAACUUGAGGUGCCUGUCGCGGACAACGCUAAACAGGCUUUUGAGGAUGCUGUUGUCGACCUGGACACUGAGGACUUGGACGACCCCCUGAUGGUGGCUGAAUACGUGGUAGAGAUUUUCGACUAUCUGAGGGACCUUGAAAUUGAAACGCAACCCAACCCCGAGUACAUCGAGCACCAACCCGAUCUAGAAUGGAAGAUGCGUGGCAUCCUUGUCGACUGGUUGAUCGAAGUUCACACUCGUUUCCGCUUGCUUCCCGAGACUCUCUUCUUGGCUGUCAACAUCAUUGACCGUUUCCUAUCUGCCGAAGUCGUUGCGCUGGACCGCCUUCAACUGGUUGGAGUCACUGCCAUGUUCAUCGCCUCGAAGUACGAAGAGAUCCUCUCGCCUCACGUCGCCAACUUCAGCCACGUUGCCGAUGAAACUUUCUCGGACAAGGAAAUUCUCGAUGCUGAGCGUCACAUCCUGGCCACCCUCGAGUACAACAUGAGCUACCCCAACCCCAUGAACUUCCUUCGUCGUAUCUCCAAGGCCGACAACUACGAUAUCCAGACGCGCACUCUGGCGAAGUACCUCAUAGAAAUCAGUCUUUUGGACCACCGGUUCCUGGUCUACCAGCAGAGUCAUGUGGCCGCAGCAGCCAUGUACCUUGCCCGCGUCAUCCUGGAUCAAGGACCUUGGGAUGCUACCCUCGCCCACUAUGCCGGAUACACUGAGGACGAAAUUGACCCUGUCUUCCGCUUGAUGGUCGACUAUCUUCAUCGUCCAGUGUGCCACGAAGCCUUCUUCAAGAAAUACGCUAGCAAGAAAUUCCUCAAGGCCUCCAUCAUUACGAGACAGUGGGCCAAAAAAUAUCACCACUACUACAUCAAAAGCUCGCUCGCACAGUCGUACAGCUCUCUUUAA